AUUCUCAAUCUCAAUCUCGGAUCUCUGUCUACCUAACGUCGUGCGUAUCGGCGGCCCUUCCUUGCGAUUAGUUUUCCGAUUACGAAAAUUUUCUUUCUUUGGCUGUGGAAGCAAGCGAUAUUCCUUUGCUUUGGCUGCAAUGGCGACGAAGAGGAGCGUUGGAACUCUCAAGGAGGCUGAUUUGAAGGGGAAGAGAGUUUUCGUGAGGGUUGAUCUGAAUGUUCCUCUCGACGAGAGCUUCAACAUCACCGACGACACCAGGAUCCGUGCCGCCGUUCCCACUAUCAACUACUUGAUCCAAAAUGGAGCUCGAGUCAUCCUCUCCAGCCAUUUGGGUCGCCCGAAAGGUGUUACUCCCAAAUACAGCUUGAAACCUCUUGUUCCAAGGCUGUCUGAACUCCUAUGCAUCGAGGUUAAGAUGGCAAAUGACUGCAUCGGCGAGGAGGUCGAGAAGCUAGUCGCAGCACUUCCUGAUGGGGGGGUUUUGCUCCUUGAGAACGUAAGAUUCUACAAGGAAGAAGAGAAAAACGACCCUGAAUUUGCCAAGAAGCUUGCCAAUCUUGCUGAUCUCUACGUGAAUGAUGCGUUCGGCACUGCUCACAGAGCCCAUGCUUCUACAGAAGGGGUGGCUAAGUUCUUGAAGCCUUCUGUCGCUGGUUUUCUCAUGCAAAAGGAGUUGGACUACCUCGUUGGAGCAGUGGCUAACCCCAAGAAGCCUUUUGCUGCCAUAGUCGGAGGCUCAAAGGUCUCGUCUAAGAUUGGAGUAAUCGAAUCUCUUCUGGAAAAGGUCGACGUGCUCUUACUCGGCGGUGGUAUGAUCUUCACGUUCUAUAAGGCCCAAGGUCUCUCUGUUGGGUCUUCUCUCGUGGAAGGGGACAAACUUGAACUUGCAAGCUCUCUCAUGGAGAAGGCAAAGGCCAAAGGCGUCUCUCUUCUUCUUCCGACUGACGUUGUUGUUGCAGACAAGUUUGCAGCUGAUGCCAACAGCAAGGUAGUGUCGGCAUCUGAGAUUCCAGAAGGAUGGAUGGGAUUGGACAUUGGGCCGGACUCAGUGACGACAUUCAACGAAGCUUUGGACAAGACACAAACGAUCAUCUGGAACGGGCCGAUGGGUGUGUUUGAGUUUGAUAAGUUUGCAGUAGGAACCGAGGCCAUGGCGAAGAAGCUGGCAGAGCUGGGCGAGAAAGGAGUGACAACGAUCAUAGGAGGGGGAGACUCAGUAGCAGCGGUGGAGAAGGUGGGGCUUGCAGAAAAGAUGAGCCAUAUCUCCACGGGAGGUGGCGCCAGCUUAGAACUCCUCGAGGGUAAGCCCCUUCCCGGCGUUCUCGCCCUCGACCAUGCUUGACCGGUUUCAAGAAUGGAUUGGUCGGUUUGUGUUUGUUUCAUGGGCAGAGUGUGCCACCAGAGCUGUUCCUUUUUUUUGUUUUCUUAUGUUCGAAUGAAUAAAUCUGUUCGAGGAAUCUAUGAAUGAUUCAGAUUCAGUUAGAUUUCAUGUUGUCUUGUCUGAUUCACAAAUGAGGGAGUAUCUAUCUGUAAUGUAUACAUUGAGAGAGAUGUCCUUAACAGAAGGAUCUACUCAGGAAGGUGGCUUUGUAGCAUACGAAUGUUUCUUCUUCGACUGAGA